CUAAAUUUUUAUAAAGUUUUAUAAAUUAUAUUAUCUGACAACAUUUAAAAUAUUGAAGGAGUAAUCGUCUUAAGUGCACCGUGUGGGAUAAUCACGUUGAUUCAAUCCUACCGUAUUAUAAUUCUGUUAUUGAAGGACCACUUUGUUCUGAUUCAACUAUGUAGGGCAAAAGAAGUUAAUGGUUAGUUUUUUUUUUUUUUUUAAUAUCUAAUACACACAAUAAAUAGUUGUUAUAAUCGUCUGUUCAAUAUUUGGUGACACUAUACAGGAGAAGUCAGAAUUUCCAGCUCUUAUAGUGCAACUAAGAUGUUAUUUAAUCAUGACUUGCCAGAAUUUAAUGAGUUCAAGAAAAGGUAAUUUAUUCCCUUGAUAUUUCUAUUUAUUUAUUUUGUUCCUACAAAUUUUUUUAACAUCUUUUUAAUAGUCUUGGAGGCCUUCAAACUCCUCUACGGACUAUUAGUUCAAUUUCGAGGCUAUCUUCUGGAAAUACAAUCAUUGACUUACAGAGUGGCGACAUUGUGGUCAGUACAAUUGCAGAUUUAUAUGAAAAGAAAGAGGUUGGUGAAUAUUGGGUCCCUGCAAAGAUUGCUGGAAUUGAGAGUGUUGGUGAUUGGUCAUAUCGUUCGUGUGUUAGUAGUGGCUGCAACAAAAAGUUGGUCCUUGAAGAGGGACUGUUGUGUUGUACCAAAUGCAAGAGGAAAUGUGAGGAAGGGAUUUUAAAGUAUAGGCUCAUUGUUCGGGUCUACGAUAAUAGUUUUGAUGCUCCCUUCCUAAUUUGGGAUUGGGAAUGUAAUGAUUUGUUGGGUUUGACAACUAAAGAUUUGAUGAAAAAGUAUCCUGAGGGCUAUGAUGAUAUCCCAAGAGAGAUUGAGGGUUUAUGUGGAAGGAUCUUGCUAUUCAAGGUGUCAGUGAAGAAGGAACAAUUAAAGAAUUUUAACAGUGCUUUUCCUGUUAUUAAGGUGGUCACUGACCCAGCUAUGUUGUCUACAUAUUGUUCUAUGUUGGAGCUAGAACAGGAUAAAGAUCAUAUUUUAAGGAUGGUUGAUGCUACUACUGACAAAGAAGAUGCUGAGAUGGAACUAUCUUUUGCGGAUGAAGCAAAAAGCCCAGUAAACUUGGGAGAUAAUGAAGAUGUUGAUCUUGAUCCAAAAGGGGUGUCAGUUAAACGCCGUCUACUUGAUGAGUUUUCAAGCACUAUGAAAAAGGGGAAAGCUAUCAUUGUCAAAAAGGAGAAAUGAAGGACUGUUGGAAUUAUUAAUGUUGUUUUUUGAAACACUGAAGCUGAAUGUUGUUUUUGAAAGACGGACGUUUGAUGUUGUUUUUGCAAGACAGAAGUUUAAUGUUGUUUUUGUAAGACUUUUAACCGUUUCGGAUAUUGUGCUCAUGUGCACAGAUUGAUGUACUGUUUUGAAACUUACCAUGUUUAAUAUUUAAAUUGUGUGUGUUCUGUAAUUGUUGUUUUUGGAUUUUGUAAGUUAACCUUUGCAGGUUUGCUGGACUGAUUAUAUAUUGAUGCCAAGUAAAUUUGGCACUACAGAGUCUGCAAAAGCAGGGUAGGAGUAAUUUAAGGUAGUAUUCGUUUUGUUUUUUAAACUAUCAUUUUAAUUAUGUUUGACCAAAUAAAAUGCAGGGAACUUAACAGUGUCAUUUUUCUUGCUGAUUCCAGCAACUGUGGAGCAAAUAUUAUAGAUGAGUAGAUGACAAUUUAUCUGGCCAUGCAGAUUCCAACACAAGCUUCAAGAUCAAUAUUGGGGGUGGUCUUUUGGAAUACAUAUUUUCUGUGCUUAAAGUAGUAUUUGACUUGCGUUUAUUGUAAUGUCUAUGUACAAAUAUAAUUUCACAAAUGUACCAGUAACCAGUUUAAUAAAAUCUUGGUUUUUGUUCUUAUA